GCUGGUAGCUGCACCUCGCAAUUGACGUUCACGAGGCCUAUCGCUUCAUUUCACGAAUCGAUUUGCCAGCCUGUUGCAUAUCUUUUUGUCCAAAAGUUUCCGUUUUUUGUUUACUAAUGUCAUUUAAAAUUGGUCCCGACUUGGAAAACGUCACAAUCCAAAUAACCGAUUUUUGUUUACAGCUAUUUGUUUUACCGCUUUGAGGCUACACUUAUUGUUACCUACCGGACAUUCAAAUAAGUCAGGCGAGAUGCUUUCCUCUGGGAGAUAGGCUUUCAGUUGUAAAUAACAACCGUCUAAAAGUCGUGCUUUUAUAGUUUACCCAUUAGGUUUUGAUAAUUUUACCAGUUUUUCAAUGAUGAGCCAGGCAAACCGGGCUUCGAGUGACUCUUUCGGUGAUAGCGUCGAUAGGAUUGCUGUUUGCGUGAAAUGCUAUAAAAAUAAUGAAUUGCUGUCAACACCGCCUUGUGGCCACUUUUUAUGCCCUGCCUGCGUCACUAAUAGAAGGUGUCCAGAAUGCAACAUUCUCAUCCCAGAACUCUACACACCGUAUUCAUUGAGGCGAUUAAUCAAUGUAAAAAAUCUUCUAAAAACCCACCAAUUAACUGGUCCUAGUAAUGGAAUAACUAUCACUGUGCCUUCAUCUGAUAAAGUGGUGCAGCCCACAAAAGCCAAACAAGGACCAAACUCAAAAGGAAUUUUGAACAGGAGUCUAGAUUCAAAAAGUGAAGCUAAGAAGAGAAAAGCAUCAUUGGAUGAAACUAAUUACAAAGCUCCAAAACGCAAGGAAAAUAAUAAGGCUUCUCAAACCAGCCAAGGCCAGAGACUAACUAAAAAUGAAUUGGACAAUAAAAAUAAGACUAUGCUUGAGAGACCACAGAAACGCCGCUUAUCAUUUGAGUCCUAUGACUUUCCUGUUGAGUUAAGAAAAUCACCAAGACUAAGUGGAAACGAUGAGGCACGGUUUUAUUAUCCAAAAAAAAAGAAAAGGAUCAUUGUUUCCACUUUGAUAGGAAAAGACACGGUUAAAGCAAAAGAAAACAGCAAUCCUGUAAUUGGACAAAUUACUGAUGAUCAACAAAUGCUUAGAAGUUCAAACCGAUUAGAAAAUCUUUCCAAAAAAGUAGAGAAAAAACCUGAGAAAAUAAGUAAUUCUAAAAAAAUGAACAAACCAGUUAAAGCAAUUAGCACUUGCUAUCAGAACUUAUCAAGAAAUAUUCCUCAAACUUCAAAGUUAAAAAAUUCACUUGACAUAAAAAGUGUUUAUAAGGAGUGUUGUGAGAAAUCUUUAAAUACUGAUGGUCAAAACGGUCCUGCUUCUUAUUUUGAUUUUUACUUAGAAAGAAGAAGGAUCGUGAUGGAAGCAAAGUAUUACAGAAAAUUUAAACUCGACAAGUGUACUGAAGUUUCAAGUAUCAACCUGAAUAAUCAUACUGGGAAAUCUACAGCUAAUUUUUUUUGUCAGAUGCCGGAAAUCAAAACAUUUUGCAAUAAAGCAACAAUGGCUAUCUUUCCUCAAAACUGUUCAAAUCUGAUUAAGAAUCAAGAAUUAAAUAUACAUUAUGAAGUUUCUCAUGAUGGACAAUCACAUCAGUUGAUUUCUUCUGGACUGCAUUCUAAAGACAGAGAAUCUUUAAGUGGAUUUCCUAAGCAGAUAAAUAACAGUAUUUAUUAUACAAUGGAAUGUCAUGAUGAUGGCAGUGAACUGGAAUACUGCAAAAAACAGCAUAAAGAAGAGCGCAUUAUCAUUGUAAAGGAUUCUGAAAAAUUCUCACAUAAUACAAAUCUUUUCACAGAAAAUUGUGAUAGUGUGAAUGAAAAAAGCUGUAAAACUGAGGCACUUCCCUCUAAUAAAAUGAAUCAAGUUUGUGAUCCAUCACAAUCUGCGUUGACUAAUCAAUUGAUAGAUAAAUAUCAAGAAAACCAGCAGAGAGAGAACUUAGCAUCAGCAGAGCAGGAGUUUGAUGAAUGCAGUAGCAAUUCUAGUACCAGCACUGAUGAUGAAAAAAAAAUUGCACUUCCUAAACCACAUUACCAAAAAGAACAACUGACCGGCAUCAAAGCUCUGCUUGCUUCCAGAGGAUUAGAUACUUAUAGUUCCUCUUCUCUAUCAGAAAAUGAAGUUUUUCAAAAAACUUCUUAUGAAAGUUCUGAUGAUGGUGAUGAACCGUUGGCACGUUCUUCAUCCCCUCCAAAUUCUGAAGACAUUCCAUAUUCAGACUUAGAGACUGAAGAUUAUGAAAGAGAAUAUUUUUCUCUUCAGUCUGCCUCUAAAAAGACAGAAAAUGUGUUAGAGAAACGUACAGAACAGUCUGAUAUAAUUGACCUCGACUCGAGUUCGGAUGAAGCAGAAGAGAUGAAAGAAGCCAACACUUCGACCAAGGAAAAUGGAAACAACAUUGAAACUGAAGAAAAAGUGGAAUUUAAAGAAGUGAAAGAGACAUUAAAUCAACCGGCUGAGCCCCUGUCAACCCCUACAUCUCCUGAUCCCUGUAGUGAAGAAACUUUGAAAAAUGAAGAGUUUAGUGAACCAAAUCAGAAUUCAGGAUUACUGCAGGUGGAUAUUAUAUCAGUGAACGAUAAACAGGAUAACGAAAAAAGUAAAAUGGAUGAGAAUUCGCCUCAGCAAGCAGAAUCUUUAUUACAAAAAACACCAUUUGUGGAACAACAAUCAAAAAGUAGGUUCUGCCCAUUCUCAAAGAAAUGUCCUUUCCAGUUUAAAGGACCUAUUUCAAAAACUCGAAGCACACUUGGGAGGUCUGAUCUUGUCUAUAUAAAUUCUUUUCAAGUGGUACAAGAACAUGAAAGGAAGACAGAUUUAAUAAAUAUUGAAUCUCUGCUGAGGGCCCAAGAAUGGGGAAGGGAGGUUGAAAAUAAUAUGUCUGUUGGAGUUCAAACAGAAGAAGGCUUGCACGUGGGUACUUCUAAAAGAAGAAAUUCAACUCCAGCUUCUUUAUUGACAACUGGCUUGAUCUGCCAGGAAGUUACACCCUUGACUCAUAGUGAAGUCAAAAAACUCGAUGAUUCAAAUAUAAUGGACAUGAAGGUAGUUAGCCAGCGGGAUCUUAUAAAAAUUUGUGACAAACAGAAAAACGUAAAAAUCAAAAGGCAACUUGAAAUGGACUUUCUUCACGCAGAGGAGGGAGAACUAGAAAUGGACAUGCAGAAAUCUGAUAGUUCUGUGGAGGAUGAAGAAUCUCUGAUUUCCAAUGAAUCUCAGAACACUGAUCUGAAAACUAGCAUAGCCGUCAAGCCGUAUAAGGGCAGAAGAGUGAUCACGCUUAUGAAACCUUCAUUGAGCAUAAUAAAGAAAAUUAAUUUAAACACUAUUCCUGCCAUAAAUAAGGAAUACUUGCACAGGUUUGACCCAAGAUCACGUCCAAACGUAAAGAUAAUCAAUGACCCGCAUGAAUUUAAACGUGGAGUCUACAGGACCACUCUCACCUUUGUGCAAACUGGACUUGAAGCGACGGAAAAGGCAAAAGUCAUGGAAUUCGCCAAAAUGGUGAAAGGCGUUUUCUCUAAGACUUGCGAUGAAAGAACAACACAUCUUAUUGUCAGCAACAAAGACUUCGAUAAGAUAAAAACAUAUAAAUUGCUCAUGGCUAUUGCUUUAAGGAUCCCGAUCGUAACGAUAAAAUGGAUUUAUGACUGUAUGUCCUGUGACCGCCUUCUUCCAACACUGAGAUACAUUAUUCAGGCUCCAGGGCCUCUUAGCUGUAUGGAAUCUGGCUAUAGAGAACAGCUAUUUAAAGGUUUUGUAAUCCACAUUUGGGAUCAAUUUAAAUAUCCACAAAGCGAGGAAAUCAAGGCACUUGUAAAGCUUUGUGGUGCAGUGGUGAUAGAAGAGCUCAGCGAUGCUACUGAUCUGGACAUGACGAGAGUUUGUAUAGUUGACCCGGAGUCAGAACCAGAUUUUAAGUACAUAAGCCUGUGUUUGGAAUACCGUGUAAUACCUGUAAACCUAGGAUGGAUUCAAGAUUCGUUGUUAUCGUUCACGGUACUCCCGUUGUCAGAGUACAAUGAAUUCAUCGAUUACAUUGAUGGUGCUAUACCUCUUACAUAGAAACACAGCCCUGCACAUCAGUGGUGACGGGCCUCCUGGGAAAGAGUGGCCCUUCGUGUUUGCAAUUGUAUUAUUGUAAAUUAAGGAAAAUAUUUUGUUUUAUAUUUUUUACUUGUACAUAAUAUUUGUAAAAUGGAAUAAAUGUUCUAGUCAUGGUUGAUUUAUUUCUUUAA